UUGGUUAGAAAAUUGCCGUCUCAACCUUUGUUCUUCUUCGGGGAAAAGUCUCCGAUUCUCUCUUCAAUAAAUAUCUCCGCCAAUCUCUAUGUUUCUAUCCUCCUCCCUCUUUUUCUUCUGUUUCUGAUUCAUUUCCCGCUUCGUUUUUGCACGCCGAACUUCAAUGGCGCCGGGCCUCAGAGACCUGCAGCUCACCCAGGUCGCCCAGCGUCCCUCGGCUAUUUCUGCGGCUCCUGAGCUUUCGGAGGAUCUCGAGGAUGUGCGGUUGCUUGAUUCCUACGAGAGCCCGGAGGAGAAUUUGGGCGAAAUUGGGGAAAGUAUGAGGAGGGUUCAGGUCACAGUUUCUGGGAUGACCUGCGCUGCUUGUUCUAAUUCCGUCGAAGCGGCUCUCAGGGGGCUUAAUGGCGUUUUGACGGCUUCCGUUGCUUUGCUUCAGAACAGAGCUGACGUGGUUUUCGACCCCAGCUUCGUUAAGGUUGAGGACAUCAAGGAAGCGAUAGAAGAUGCUGGAUUUGAGGCUGAGAUUAUACCUGAAACCAGUUCAGUUGGAAAGAAGAAGUCCAAUGGAACGCUGGUGGGUCAAUUCAGCAUAGGAGGUAUGACAUGUGCAGCAUGUGUGAAUUCGGUAGAAAGCAUUUUAAAAGAUCUUCCUGGCGUUAGGAGAGCGGUAGUUGCUUUGGCCACAUCAUUGGGAGAGGUUGAAUAUGAUCCAACAAUAACCACUAAAGACGACAUAAUUAAUGGUAUUGAGGAUGCUGGAUUUGAAGCUUCACUUGUACAGAGCAGUGAGCAAGACCAAAUUUUUGUAGCGGUUUCCGGCAUUGCUGGCGAGGUUGAUGUACAGGUUUUGGAAGUCAUACUCAGCAACUUGAAAGGGGUGAGGCGGUUCCUCUUCAAUAGGACAUCAGGAAAACUGGAGGUUGUUUUUGACCCACAACUUGUGGGUCCCAGAUCCUUGGUGGAUGAGAUUGAGGGAAGAAGCAACAAAAAAUUUAAGCUGCAUGUUACCAGCCCUUACAGUAGGUUAACUUCUAAAGAUGCUGAAGAAGCUACAAACAUGUUUCGCCUUUUUGUCUCCAGUCUGUCUCUCAGUGUACUCAUCUUUCUCCUACGAGUAGUAUGUCCUCAUAUUCCUUUAAUCUACUCAUUGUUACUCCGGCGCUGUGGGCCGUUCAUCAUGGACGAUUGGUUGAAGUGGGCAUUGGUGACUGUUGUGCAAUUUAUCAUUGGAAAGCGCUUCUAUGUCGCAGCUGCUAGAGCUCUUCGAAAUGGUUCGACGAACAUGGAUGUGUUGGUUGCUUUGGGUACCACGGCCUCUUACACUUAUUCUGUUUGUGCACUUCUAUAUGGUGCAGUCACCGGAUUUUGGUCUCCUACUUAUUUUGAAACAAGUGCUAUGUUGAUAACCUUUGUAUUACUGGGAAAGUAUUUGGAGUGUCUUGCCAAGGGGAAAACAUCAGAUGCCAUCAAGAAGUUGGUAGAACUUGCUCCUGCCACUGCUCUAUUGCUUAUCCAAGAUAAAGGUGGGAAUCUGAUAGAAGAGAGGGAAAUAAAUGCUCUGCUAAUUCAACCUGGCGAUGUGUUGAAAGUUGUUCCUGGUGCAAAGGUUCCAGCAGAUGGCGUUGUUGUUUGGGGUUCGAGUUAUGUUAAUGAGAGUAUGGUUACUGGAGAAUCUAUACCUGUUCUGAAGGAGCUUAACUCGCCUGUUAUUGGGGGUACAAUUAAUCUUCAUGGAGCCCUUCACAUUCAAGCAACCAAAGUAGGAUCUGAUGCUGUUCUGAACCAGAUUAUUAGUUUGGUUGAGUCGGCACAGAUGUCUAAAGCCCCAAUUCAGAAAUUUGCUGAUUUUGUAGCAAGCAUAUUCGUUCCAACAGUUGUUGCUAUGGCAUUGUGCACAUUAUUUGGUUGGUACGUUGGAGGAAUUCUUGGGGCUUAUCCAGCUGAAUGGCUCCCAGACAAUGGGAAUUACUUUGUGUUUUCGCUCAUGUUUGCCAUAGCAGUGGUGGUGAUUGCAUGCCCUUGUGCGCUAGGCUUGGCAACACCGACUGCUGUCAUGGUUGCAACAGGGGUUGGUGCCAGCAAUGGUAUCUUGAUCAAAGGAGGUGAUGCUUUGGAGAGGGCCCAGAAGGUUAAGUACGUGAUAUUUGAUAAAACAGGCACACUAACCCAAGGGAAAGCGUCGGUUACCACUGCCAAAGUCUUCACUGAAAUUUCUCGAGGAGAUUUUCUUAAGCUGGUUGCUUCUGCAGAGGCUAGCAGCGAACACCCGUUGGGAAAAGCUAUAGUCGACUAUGCACGUCAUUUCCAUUUCUUCGACGAGCCUUCUACGACCCAAAAUGUGGGAAACCAAAGUAAAGAAGCUUCUGGAUGGCUUUUCGAUGUCACGGAGUUCUCUGCAUUGCCAGGCAAAGGAAUCCAGUGCUUUGCAGAGGGGAAAAGGAUUCUUGUUGGGAACAGGAAGUUGAUGAAUGAAAGUGGAAUUUCCAUAGCGCCUCAUGUGGAUAAUUUCGUUAUUGAGCUCGAAGAGAAUGCAAAGACUGGUGUUCUUGUUGCAUAUGAUGAUAGGUUAAUUGGAGUUUUGGGAAUAGCAGAUCCACUGAAGAGAGAAGCUGCAGUUGUUGUUGAGGGUCUUGUGAAAAUGGGAGUUGCUCCAGUCAUGGUUACAGGGGACAAUUGGAGAACGGCUCAGGCUGUCGCCAAAGAGCUUGGCAUACAAGAUGUGAGGGCAGAAGUAAUGCCAGCAGGAAAAGCAGAAGUCAUCCAAAACUUCCAGAAGGAUGGGAGCAUAGUUGCGAUGGUAGGCGAUGGCAUCAACGACUCGCCUGCUCUAGCUACUUCUGAUAUCGGAAUUGCAAUUGGUGCAGGGACUGAUAUUGCCAUUGAGGCAGCCGACUUCGUGUUGAUGAGAAAUAAUUUAGAAGACGUAAUUACAGCCAUCGAUCUCUCGAGGAAGACAUUCAAUCGGAUCCGAUUGAAUUACAUGUUUGCAAUGGCGUACAAUGUGAUAGCAAUUCCUGUUGCUGCCGGACUAUUCUUUCCAUCUUUGGGGGUUAAGUUGCCUCCAUGGGCGGCUGGUGCGUGCAUGGCUUUGUCGUCGGUCAGUGUUGUUUGCUCGUCUUUACUUCUUAGGAGAUACAAAAGACCAAGACUCACAACAAUUCUUGAAAUCACUGUAGAAUAGAAUGACUUUUACGAAGAAAAGAAAGAAGCCCAAUUUUUGUGUUAGAGAUAAGGUUACCAAUUGUAUCAUAAUUUGUUGCUUGUGCUUUU